UGUGAGAGAGCAGGGAGAAGCGAGAGGACUGUGGUCUGUUUGUUGGCCUACUUUUUGAAGUUUCAGGUGGUGUAAAUAGCUUUGUACGGCAGAUUUAUGGUCAAGUUCAGUCUGUCUUUAACGAAAAGAAGUCACAAGACGAACUGUCGUAUAAUUUCACGGAUGACACUCCUAACGAGCAGAAAGGAGCUGCGGUAACUGCGUUGCAGAAACCGAACUGAAUGUGGUUUGGCACGUCUUCAGUCCAAAUCAGAAACUCCCCGGUCCAGAAACGCAUCCAUCAUGUCCGUCUACUUCGACCCAGGACCAGAUUCAGAAGUAAAUGGACUUUUUCAGAUUAUCUUCAGUCUUCAUUCCCCCCACCCCCUUUCUGUUUGUCAGAAACAUUACGAAGAUGGAAGACGCUAAAGUAGAAAUUGAUGAUGGAAAGGAGGAGAGUUUGGUGCCAGACACAAUGUACCAGAAGAUUCGGAAAAUGAUCACUCCAUUUGUUAUGUCCUUUGGGUUUCGUGUAUUUGGAAUGAUCCUGAUUAUUCUGGACAUUGUUCUCGUCAUUGUGGACUUCGUGCUGCACCGUAAGAUGGACAAGAUGGAAGGAGAUGCUACAGAAGCUAUGUCACUCGCCAUCUCCUUCUUCUUUCUUGGUGAUGUCCUCCUGCGUGUCUAUGUGGAAAGCUUCAAAGUUUACUUCGUCUCGAAGCUGAACAUUAUGGAUGCGUGUGUUGUUGUCAGCACGCUGAUUGUUACCAUGGUCUACACUUUCAUCGACGUUACAGGGCCAUAUCUCAUUCCCAGGGCUCUGACAUUCUUCCGCUUCUUGAGAACGAUCAUCUUGGUGAGGAUUUUCAGACUGGCAUCUCAGAAGAAAGAGCUGGAGAAGGUCACUAGGAGAAUGAUAUCUGAGAACAAGAGACGUUAUCAGAGGGAUGGAUUUGAUCUCGAUCUUACCUAUGUCACAGAUCGUGUCAUUGCUAUGUCUUUCCCCUCCUCUGGGAAACAGGCCUUCUACAGGAACCCGAUCCAUGAGGUUGCGAGGUUCCUAGACACUAAACACGAAGGACACUACAAAGUUUACAACCUCUGCAGUGAGAGAGGGUACGACCCCAAGUACUUCCACUACAGAGUGGAACGGAUUUUUAUCGACGACCACAAUGUGCCCACCUUGAUAGACAUGCUGAAAUACACAGAAAGCGUCAGGAAUUGGAUGUCUGCUGAUCCCAAAAAUAUUAUUGCUAUUCACUGCAAAGGAGGGAAAGGACGCACUGGAACCAUGGUGUGCAUUUGGCUCAUUGACAGUGACCAGUUUGAGAGUGCACAGGACAGUCUGGAUUAUUUUGGUGAGAGGAGGACGGACAAGAGUCGCAGCUCCAAGUUUCAGGGAGUGGAGACUCCCUCUCAGAGCCGCUAUGUGGGGUACUAUGAGAUCAUGAAGACCAAGUACAACCGAAAUUUGCCUCCCUCUAGAAGCCUGAGGAUUAAAAGCAUCCGGAUUCACUCUAUAGCAGGUGUGGGCAAAGGGGAUGGCAGUGAUCUGAGAGUGAAAAUAAUAAUGGGGAAAAAUCUGAUCUUUCAGUGUGUUUGCAGCACACAGGAGAACUGCAAGGUGUUUCCUGAUGCAGGCAACAAUGCUGCAGUAAUCAGCCUGGAGAAUGGGCCUUUGGUUGAAGGCAAUGUGAAGGUUAUGUUUGAAUCAAGUGCGGGUCUUCCGAAAGGAUAUGAAGACGUUCCGUUCUACUUCUGGUUUAAUACGUCCUUUGUAGAGGAAAACAAGCUGUUUUUGUCCAGAGAAGAGCUGGAUAACCCACAUAAAUCUAAAACCUGGAACAUAUACAAAGAGGACUUUGGUGUCACCAUGUUCUUCUCAGAUUCUGAUUGAAGCAAUUUUAGAAAGAAAAGAACAAAAACCUGUAAUUUUGGAAAAAGCUGUGAAGAAAUGAAUGCAUUCAACACUAAAGUGUUUGCUAUAAUCUUCCAUUUAGAUGAUUAUUCUGAUUAGAGCUGGAUGCACCUGUGAUUAAAACAAAGGUAAUGCUCUGAUGUACAUAUGGCACUUGACUAUUAAAUGUUGGAACACUGAUGAUUAAACGAGUGAUGCAAACCUCUA